UGUGCUCUUGCUUUGCUAUCUGCUGACCACGUUGUUUACAGCCUCACUUUAUCUCUUGCAGGAGGCAGCUCGUCUAUUUUUCUAUCCAGAAGAAUGUGGUGCCUCAGCUUGUUUGAAUAUCUUCCAGGUUACAGCUAGUGUUUAAUUUCCUCACUCAUGCACUGCACACUCUGGUUGAAGUCUUUCUCUGGUCUUCUAGCGAGUCCCUGAAUGACUGAAAACCUGAUUAAAACCUCUUUCUAUAAUGCUCCUUUCUUUCUUUUCUUUCCUCCCUCGUAGGAAUGUCACAUGUGGCAGAUGCUCCUCCCCUCAGCUUAGAGAUGGGUGAGGGGAAAAGGGGGUGAAGGGCCAUGAGGGAGAGAUGUGACUGAGGAAUAUGUGAAGAGGAGGAGGAGGAGGAGGAGGAGGAGGAGGACGGAGCAGGGAGGUGUGCUGCUCCACUGCUGCUGCUGCUGCUGCUGCUGGAGAAAAUCCACUCCAGACAGAUGCAUUUCCUCCGAUCCAGCACGACCGGGAGGCUGCUUUAAAACUUCCAGCCCACAACAUUUUCUUUCCCUCUCCAUGCUGACUUGCCAUCAGAGAGGAGGAAGCUCUCUAGACCUCCACAAGCUCAUCCUCCCUUUUGUUCUCUCCAGGUCCACAUCCCCUUUCAUGAGACUUCUUAAGGACCUCAAAGCCUGGCGACUCGAGACAGCUGUGCAUCUGCGGGUCAGAUGUUUGGUUAUUACUUGUUUUUACGGCUAGUUUGAGAUCCGAGGCUUUUUUCUUGGAGUGCAUCUGGUCCACUUCAUCCUCGUCAGCGCUGAGUUUCCAGAUCGGAGGAAUGAGGGCUGAGGUGCUGGUCGUCUGGUUGGCUCUGACCCUGAGCUGCGCUCUGGUUUGGGCUCGGGAAGAUGCGAAGAAGGACAAACUCUCCGGAGGUUCGACUCAGGUGAGAGAAGCUCAAGGACCGGUCGAGCGCAGGAGACAGGGGGAGGAAGGGGAUGUUGAAAUGUCAGAUGAGCCGGCUGAAGCUGUGGAAGAGAAGACGAAACCAAAGAAGAAGAAAACACCUGAGGAGAUAGAGGCAGCCAGGGCAAAGAAAGCAGCAGAGAAAGAAGCCAAGGCAAAGAAGCAGAAAGCCCCGAAGCCGACCAAGAAACCAAAACCUCCAAAACCCACCAAAAAACCCAAAGCGCCAAAACCAACAAAGAAGCCAAAGGCGCCUAAAACCACCACGAAACCAACGAUACCAACCACAGCGCAGCCAGAGACCAAGCCACCGUCUCUGGACGAGGAAGAGGAGAAGCUGCUGAUUGACCUGGGCUGGGACUUGUUUCGACCCGUGACGUCAAAGACACCUGCAUGGGUUGAGCCUGUUGAGCCAGACCUGGAUAAAGUGCUGAACAGAAAGAAAGAAGCCACAACCACUGAAGUCAUCAUGUAUAUCCCAGAGGAAACCACCACCGUCCCGUACAUCGGCCCCUGGUAUGAAGAAUAUGAUUACGCCGACUUGGCUGAAGAAAGAAGGAAGAAACAGGAGGAAGAGGAGGAGAGAGCUCGGAAGGAGAAGGCAGAAAAAGCCGAGCGGCAGAGGAAGCAGUGGGAGGAGGAGGAAGAGGAGCGACUGAAGCUGCUUUCAGUGCCCGCCAAACCCAAAAUCUGUCCUCCUCUGGGCUUGGAGUCUCACCGGGUGGAGGACGACCAGCUGCUGUCUUCGUCUCAGUCUCACCAUGGCUUCACGGCUCAGAGAGGACGACUCAACAUGCAGGGCUCUGAUAACGACGAGGAUCUGUACGGCGGUGCGUGGUGUGCAGAGCCAGAAGAGACUAACCACUGGUUUGAGGUCGAUGCCCGCCGAGAGGUGGAGUUCACUGGGGUCAUCACUCAGGGAAGAAACUCAGAGCAAUAUGAGGAUUUCGUGUCCUCCUACUACGUGGCCUUCAGUAACGACAGUCGUGAUUGGACGACAUUACACGAUGGCUACGCUGAAUGGUUGUUCUACGGGAAUGUGGAUAAGGACACGCCGGUGAUGAGUCAGUUUACGCCUCCCGUGGUGGCGCGUUACAUCCGCAUCCUGCCUCAGAGCUGGAACGGCAGCUUGUGUCUUCGAGCUGAGAUCCUGGCCUGUCAACUUCCCAGCAGCUACCGCAGUGAGAAUGAAGUCAACUCGUCUGAUGAUCUGGACUUCAGGCACCACAACUACAAGGAGAUGAGACAGAUGAUGAAGGUGAUAAACGAAGAGUGUCCCAACAUCACCAGGAUCUACAACAUUGGUAAAAGCUCUCAGGGCCUGAAGAUGUACGCCAUGGAAAUCUCCGACAACCCCGGAGAGCAUGAGACAGGUGAACCCGAAUUUCGGUACACAGCUGGUCUCCAUGGUAACGAGGCGCUGGGUCGAGAGCUUCUUCUCCUGCUGAUGCAGUUUAUGUGCAAGGAGUACAAUGACGACAACCCCAGAGUGCGCCGCCUGGUGGAAGGAGUCAGAAUGCACCUGGUGCCUUCGCUCAACCCAGACGCUUACGAGCUGGCGUACGAGAUGGGUUCGGAGAUGGGGAACUGGGCGCUGGGCCACUGGACUGAAGAAGGUUACGACAUCUUCCAGAAUUUCCCAGACCUCAACAGCAUCUUGUGGGGAGCCGAGGACAGAGGCUGGGUCCCUCGUAUAGUGCCCAAUCAUCACAUCCCCCUCCCAGAAAACAGCCUCAAUGGCUCACUUGCUAUUGAGACCAAAGCCAUCAUUUCCUGGAUGGAGCGCACCCCAUUUGUGCUGGGAGCUAACUUGCAAGGAGGAGAAAAACUGGUCACCUACCCUUUCGACAUGCAACGUCCACCAGUUUCUUUAACAGACAGCAGACGUUGGAGAGGUAAUUCUGAGAUGAACGAGGAGACGUGGGCUCGCAUUCAGAGGCAGAACGAGGGAGCUCUGAGGGAGACGCCCGACGACGCCAUGUUUCGAUGGUUGGCGAUGUCUUACGCCCACAGCCACCUGACCAUGACGGAGACCUACCGAGGCUCCUGCCAUGGUGACGAUAUCACUGUAGGACAGGGCAUCGGCAACAGAGCUACCUGGAAACCGGUGGUGGGCAGUAUGAAUGACUUCAGUUACCUGCACACCAACUGCUUCGAACUGUCCAUCUUCUUGGGCUGCGACAAGUUUCCCCAUGAAAGUGAACUUCCUCUCGAGUGGGAGAAUAACCGCGAGGCUCUGUUGUCCUUCAUUGAACAAGUAAAUCGAGGGAUAAAGGGUGUAGUUAGAGACAUGGAGGGAAAUCCGCUGGCUAAUGCCACCAUAACUGUGGAGGGAAUACGGCAUGACGUCAGAACUGCUCUCGGUGGGGAUUUCUGGCGGCUGUUGAAUCCUGGCGAGUACAGAGUUACCGCCAAAGCUGACGGCUACACCCCCCAGACUAGACUGUGCAUGGUGGGUUACGACACUGGAGCCUCUCCGUGCAGCUUCACCUUAGCCAAAUCCAACUGGGACCGCAUCAAACAAAUAAUGGCGCUCAACGGCAAGAGGCCCAUCCGACUCGUCCCCAAAGUGAACGUAGUGAAAACGACUCCGGCCAGCGUGGAAGUCAUGAGCACCACGGAAAGCCACGCCAGCCUUCAGAGAGCAGAGCGACUCAGGCGGCUUCGGAUCUUGCGUUUGCGCAGGUUGCGUCAGCAGAGAUUACGAGGCGGUCUUAAUAUCACUCCUGCGACCACAACAACAACCACCACCACAACCACAACUACAACCACAACAACAACAGCAACGACGACGACGAGAGCACCAACCGAAACCGAGAGAACCACCUCCUGGUACGACUCCUGGUUUCCCGUGGACAGCUGGUCGACUGAAAACCCGUUUGAUAGCGUCAUCUUCGAAUCCGGGCCCACACAGGACUAUCCUUUUGAAUUCACUAUUGAUUGAUUAUUACAUUCAGUGACCCCCCACAUCUAUGUUAUACAAAGACCUUACUAACCACUUCAGUUUGCUGCAAUGUCACAGCUUUAAGAAUACACACUGCAUAGGUUGUUAAUUAUUUUAGUUUUCACUUGGUAAACAUUUUGAGUGGAGACAAAAGUGAUUUUAAGGGAAUGUCCAUGAGAUAAAUAUGUUUUUGGAGAGAAUUGAUCUGGAAUAUAAAGCCUCUGCUGAGCAGAGACUAUACAGCACAGGUUUAAUUGGAUCUAUGUUUAAUAAACCGAUAUACAGUAGGCUACAACACAAACAAGAUAUGAGUGUGUACUUCUCCAUUAGAAAUGUAUAUAUAUCUGUAUGUUUCUUUAAAGGCUUUACAGUGUGAUUUCUGUCCUCAGCUAAACUGAUUUAAUGUACUGCUGAAUGCAUUUGAUUAAAAUGAAGGUAUUUUCUAAA